GGUCGUGCAUGGGGAGAGCUUCCGGACCUGAGCUUGUCCGUAGAGGCGGGGGCGGUGAAGGGCUUCAUGGCCCCGAGAAUGCUGCCGGCUGUGGGUGGAGGCACCGGGGGCUCUCGGAUGCCACUAGCGCCGGGCCUGGAGGAAGGGGAGCUUAGAGUUGGACAGGAGGAAUGUGGGAAGGGGAGAGAACUGCGACCGAUGGGAGUGAUUGAGGGCCACUAGCAAUGAGCCUGCCUCCGGAUGGAGCUGUGGAUGUGCUAGAAAUAAAGCAGGCGGCAGAGCUAGGGUAGAACUUGGACGGACUGAGAAGAUAAAAUUCUGUUGUCAGUUAAGACACGUGUACUUCUCCAGUCCAGGAGCCCUAUUGAUGAAAGAGGUUGGUUAGCUUUGCUCUGUUUAGUGUUCGUAGGCCGCUAGGCACAGCUUACCAACCAGAAAAUUUACAUGGUUAGCUACAAAGAAGCCCAAAUCAGUGUAGAUGGCUUAAUUAACACAAGUCUGAUUCCCCACUGGAGGAUAUGGGGACAGCACACAAACAAAAACACAAAGUGCAAGAGUGUAUAUACUGCUGCUAAGGGUGAUUAUUUACUUAGCAGAUGCAUCCAGUGCCUUCUUGUUGCUAAUACUGUGGGUUAUACUGACACAAAGUUCUCACUCUCAAGGGGCUGAUAGUCUGAGGUAAGGAGAAAAGUAGCUUUACGCGUGGAUUGUUCAAAGAAAGAAUGUGAUUAAGCCCCAGAGCCCCAAAGGGUCAAGCUCUUUUGGUAUAACUGGGGGAAAUUUUUUUCUUUAAUGGUUCUAAAAUCUACUCACAUACAAAAUGGGGAAGAAUGGAGCUGAGCUGUGGCUACUGUGGCCUGGGUAAAGUGACAGCUCUGAUGUGCUCUGGGGUCUUCACCUGAGAAGGUCUUUGUGAAAGGAAACUAAAGAUGGUGUCGGCACAAGCAGUUCCUCCCUGUGGAAUCUGAUGGGUAAUGCCAUGGUGAUGACCCAGUAUGUCCGCCUUACCCCAGAUAUGCAAAGUAAACAGGGUGCCCUGUGGAACCGGCUGCCGUGUUUCCUGAGAGACUGGGAGUUGCAGGUGCACUUCAAAAUCCACGGACAAGGGAAGAAGAACCUGCACGGGGACGGCUUGGCGAUCUGGUACACGAAGGAUCGGAUGCAGCCAGGGCCUGUGUUUGGAAACAUGGACAAAUUUGUGGGGCUGGGAGUAUUUGUAGACACGUAUCCCAAUGAGGAGAAGCAGCAAGAGGCCCAGAAGAGGCGAUAUUCUCCCGGAGUCCAGCGGGUUUUCCCCUACAUCUCAGCCAUGGUGAACAAUGGCUCCCUCAGCUAUGAUCACGAGCGGGACGGGCGGCCUACAGAGCUGGGGGGCUGUACGGCCAUUGUCCGCAAUCUCCAUUAUGACACCUUCCUUGUGAUUCGCUAUGUCAAGAGGCAUUUGACGAUAAUGAUGGACAUCGACGGCAAGCACGAGUGGAGGGACUGCAUAGAGGUGCCCGGUGUCCGUCUGCCCCGGGGCUACUACUUCGGCACCUCCUCCAUCACUGGGGAUCUCUCCGACAACCAUGACGUCAUUUCCCUGAAGUUGUUUGAGCUGACGGUGGAGAGAACCCCAGAAGAGGAGAAGCUGCAUCGAGAUGUGUUCCUGCCCUCGGUGGACAACAUGAAACUGCCCGAGAUGACAGCCCCGCUGCCGCCCCUGAGUGGCCUGGCCCUCUUUCUCAUCGUCUUUUUCUCUUUGGUGUUUUCCGUAUUUGCCAUUGUCAUUGGGCUCAUACUGUACAACAAAUGGCAGGAUCAGAGCCGAAAGCGCUUCUACUGAGCCCUCCUGCGACCACGACCUCUGUGACUGUCGCCCAGGAGUACAGGAGGAGCAGGCACUGGCCUGAGCACAUAGCCAGGUGGGUCUUCUCUCGUCUCCAGCAGCUGGUCAGGGACUUGCUUCUGUCACUGGAGCUUUGAGAGCAGGGACGCUGCAUUCCCAUGGUCACCCAUGAGGACGUCUAACUCUGGAUCAGGAAGCCCACCCCCCCGGGCAACGCUGCUGUGAUGUGCCUUUCCCCACAGUCCUGCCACUUGGGAGCAAAGAGGGAUGGAGAGAACAUAGGCUGUCAUGAUGCCAAAACCACCGGAAAGAGUUUCAUAGCCCAGGCUGCCUUGUUGUUGGGCUCAGAGGACCCUCGUACUUCAUUCUUAAAUCUGCAAAGACUAAAAAACUGAUAACUCCUCAUACCUUCCAGUCAUCCAUCCACUGGUUUUUGCUUUUUGUCUAAGCCUCUCUCCAGCUGAGGAGCUUUCCUUGGAAAUCUGGUGGAAACUUCUUCCCUGCCUCGCCUUCCUCUCCCUCCAUUCAUUGUCCUCUGCAGAGGCAACCUGAGCUGGAAAAGACAUCCGGCUGCCUCUCUCUUGGGGCCUGGGACUGCAGAACAAACUUGAGUUUCACAGACCCUCAUUAGGUGGCCGCAGGGGGCACUCUUCUGGGGCUCACUGCUCUAGCCUUUGUUCUUGCGGCUGGAUCUUGGUUCUGUUGGUGUGUUCAUGACCCUCCCGUUUAGGUCCCUUUAGGCCCUCAGUCAGGUUUGGCUGAAAGCUGGUGUGCAGGUCAAGAGAAGCUUGGGAGACGUCACGGAUGCAGUGUGACUGACCACGUUUUGACACCGAAAGCCACAUCUGUCACAAGACCUGACCACGUGGAGCUGUUUCUGGACUCUCUGGAGCCUGCUGAGCUGCAUGUUUCGUGCUCAUCGUAAUUUUUGGAAUCCUACUUAGAGUGUUCAAAAUGUAAGGAAACUUUGUUCUUAUAGCCUGAGCUUGGAUCCUCCCCAAAGAGGAGACCUGGCUUCUCUUUCUUAACGGAUGAGAAAUGGUGGUUGUAAGUCUGGAAGCAGUAGGACCCCCGUCAUCUGUGCCUGGAAGAGUUCAUUGUCAUUUGAGCAGCCGAGCCUGAGCGUCCUCUGUGGGUCAGCCCUGAUUCCACUGCCUUACCUGAUCAGGGGUCACGUGCUGCUCACCUGUCUGCCCUGUGAUUCCAUUGCUAACGGGCCGGAGGCUCCCUGGAGGGCUUGGACUCUGAGCUCUCCUAGCCCUGUGCUUCUGUAGCCGGAGGGAAAGUCUUAACAUGGCUGAUGGAAACCAAA